AUGGUUGUCGAGAAUGUUGAAGAAUGUGGAACACUCUACCAUUUGCUACAUUUUCGUAUGUCUAAAAGGAUCUUAUUCCGGGAAAAGCUCAAUUGGAUGCAACAAUGUGCGAAGGGCUUGGAGUACUUGCAUGGGAAAAACAUAAUCCAUCGGGGUCUUACAACUCGAAGCUUGUUACUUUUCGAUAAAUGUCGUAAAUUAAAAAUAGCUGAUUUCGGAAAAGUGAAUGAAGUUGAAGGAAAUAUAACCCGUUUCAAGCGUUGCUAUUUGGCUCCAGAAGUUUGCAGGGGACAAAAACACUUUACAGAAAAGACUGAUGUUUUUAGCUUCGGCAUUUGUAUUUGGGAAGUGAUCAAUCAAAAGAAGCCAUUUCGCGAUGAUUUUUUGGUUAUUGCCAGUAACUGUAUAAGGGGAGGCCUUCUGGCCAAGCUGGUCAAGUAA